AGGAGGAAUGAGGGCACGAAAGCGAUGGCAUAAGGCUCGGAGUGUGGACAUGCAUAAGAGUUUUCGUGUGCUGGUCUGCUCUAGAAAUUUAGGUCGUCCAUUCCCAGUUUUAUGAUCUAAAGGUUCCGAACCAAUGGGUAUAUAUGUUGUGGCACGUGGACAGAUGGCUAGAUCAACUCUACCAUGGAUUUUUUUUUUUUUGGGAAGGGGAGGACGUAAUUGUAUUAAGAUUUGAUAGCUUAGGGAUAUUCUAGUCUUUUUGAUAUUGUAUUGCUAUGUAUUUUGAGACGGAGGGAGUAUUAUAUGCGUGGUUAAUUUGUUAUCACACUAGUCAUCUCAAAUUACAUGAUGAAAUUUGGUGUUUUCCAGGUAAGUUGGAAUUAAUCAGUUAGCUUAAUUUUGUUGGGUUGACAGGGCAGAUCGAUGGCGUGCAUGGAUGAUGUUCCUCUAUGCAUCCUGCAGUGCAUCAUGAUGUUCCUGCUGCCGGAUGUGGGAGACGUGGUGCGCGCGUCAGCAGUGUCGAGGAGGUUGCGUGAGGCGUGGAUGGGGAUGGAGGCCUACGAGCUGGAUGCAUCCACCAUCCCUGAUCAUCACCUCCUCGACCUCGACUCCACCUUUGCCGCCAUCGUCGACCGCGUCGUCUUCAACCACUCCGGCCCCGGCAUCAAGUCCAUGUCGCUGGCGCACACGCGCUACGACACCGACGGCGACCGGAGGGUGACGGCCUGGCUGGACCGCCUGGCGUCCCGCGAGCACCACCGCCUGGAGAGGCUCGACGUCAACAUUGGCGCCGCCCUGCACACGCCGGCGUCGCUGUUCCGGUGCGAGACGCUGGUGGAGCUGCGGCUGGUGGUGCACGCCGCCGCUCGUGGGUUGCGGCUGGACGUGGACGGCGCCGUCCAUCUCCCGCAGCUGAGGCGGUUGUGCCUGGAGCACGCGGGGUUCCGCAGCUCGACCCAAUUCCAGAACCUCAUCGACGGGUGCCCGUUGCUGGAGUUGCUGCACCUGAGGUUCACGGCGGUGGCGCGGAGGGAGGACACGGUGGGCAUCGAGAUCCGCAGCCCGUCGGUCCGGCGGGUGGUGUUGGAAGGGUGCGGCGGGUACGGCAUGGUGCCGUUCGAGGUGUCGGCGCCCAACGUGGAGGAGUUGGUGUUGUCCGGGCGGAACAUGGUCGCCGUCGAGAAGGGCGGCGUGAGGAGGCUGUCGGCGCGGAAGGUGAGCCUGCUCAUGGACGACAAGCUGUGGUGGUACAACGUCUUUGCACCCUUCCACCACUUCACGGCCUUCCUCAACGUCGGGACCAACAUGAGUCGCAUCAUGGCUGGCUUCCAUGGCGUCCUCGAGCUCGCCAUCUCCGGCUGGUGCAUCGAGUACCUGUCGAAGAUCGUGGACAGCAUGAAUCUGCCGGAUUGGGGAAUAGAGGUUCUGAGAGUGGAGGGAAUGUGGCCAAACCAAGGCCAAGCAGGCGUCGUCCUGCAUCUCCUUCGCAGCUCGCCAUGUCUCAGGAACCUUUUCAUCACCAACGAGUUGGAGCAUCCCAGGGAGAUCUCGAUCGAUGAGAAUCGGGAGCAGUAUCCUGCAACGCCGGAGUUCCUGUUCGACGCCGUGCCCGGCCGGCUGACCCAUCUGAGGCGCUUCUUCAUGUUCAACUUCAGCGGCAACCGCAACGAGAUCAGCAUCAUCAAGUUCGUCUUAGGAAGCUCAUCCAUUUCCAUCAACCCGGACCAGUUCGGUGUCACUGAUUACCUCGGCAACGACUGGAGUUCCACCCAGCUUAUCCUAGCCUCGCUCUAGUUGAUUCGCUAGCUCUCUCCUGUGUGUGUCUUCAUCGACAUUUUAUCAUCGAUAGAUCUGGCUAGUAGAUGAUGCCAGAUGUUAUUGCAGAUAUAUGGUGCAACUGCACACAGACAAUCCAUGCAGUGGUUCAUGCAAUGCAAGUAUGCAACAGACUGUUUUAAAGGAGAAGAAGCUUCGUUUAGCAUUGCCGCAUUCUCUGUUUUUUUUGUUAUGUAUGAGGUUCAUCUGUAUCUUUAUAUUGCUAGGGGCAAGGCUGGUGGUUGCUUUUGCCCUUUAAUUUGUGAGUAUGAGUAUCACUGGCUAGGCAGCAAAACUAUAUAUAUUCUCCUAGUCCUAGGCUCCUAGCUAUCUGAAGAAAUGAACUUUUUUUUCUGCCUUCUUGAUUUGUGCAGAAUAGCUUUAUGAGGGAUAACAGGGGAAGAACUGAAUAUGCUUAAAGGAGAUGCAGCAUGUAUGCCUGCUUUUUGUUUACAAAUGUAUGACACUAUGGUGGUUGUAUUGAUUAUAUAUUGGUCAAAACCUUUUCAACCUCUGUCCACCAAUAUGCUUUAUUUAUAAUUAUACAGGUUGGCUGAUGGAGAUUACACCGGUAGAUUUGUUGUCGAAAAAUACAUUAAAAGAAAAGGAAUCUACAGAUUCAUGGCUACACAAUUCCUAGCAUACAUGUAUAGAUUAAGCUAAACAGAGGAAAUGCUAGUACAGCUCAUGUAUCUGAUCCAUCCGGUGGAAACUUAUGAAAAGUGACACCUGCUUCUGUUGUUUUGCGAGGAAAAAUGAUUCCAUCCUUACAGGUCAUAUGUGUGCUGCCACUGCUUGUUUGUUUUGAUUCUUCAAGUGCAUAAGACAAGUUGAUGAGUGAAAGUAAAGCCACCGACCUUCUUACAUACUUCUAAGAAAACUAGCCUGUUACUGAAAAUUUACAGUGGUGAAUAACAGAUGAAGGAAAACAAAUGGAUGGAGGGGAGCUCACUUUUGUCCUAGUGUUUGCCUAGAGGAAAUGUAGUGGCCAUACUGUAGGCUAUCCACCAUGCAUGCAACAAGUGGAGAAGAUUAUAUAUUGCUGACUUUUCUGUUACAGUUAUUUUUGUGCUUGAAAAUGACAUCUUCUCUUUGACACUGAAAUGCCUUGAGUGUUUUAUUUUGGAUCCUUGAGGAAGGAGAAGAUGCGCAAAGAGUAGUUUGGUGAAUCUGAAUGCAUCCCCCAAUUUACUUCCUCUGAGGAAAGAAAAGCAAUUAGCAACUGA